AUGAAAAUCAUCAUAGCCCAAUUCAUCUUCACACGAGGCUGGGCCGACUUCGUUACAGAUGACAUAUUUACCCAGGCUUCUAUGACAGCCAAGUCAGGAGAGGAAGUAAAUGAAAGGCUGACUAUUGAACCGAAAAUCGGUCUACAGGCUCACUACAAUGAUGAUGAUGAUGAUGACUGCAUUUUACACAAGAGAGCAAGGCUCUGCGGGAUAGGUUGGGAAGCGCAACCGACUCUCUCGCUCUUUGUUGUUGUACCGAGUUCUGAUUAUAAAAUGGCUUGCUACCGCCUCGGACCGGCUCUAUCCGAGGUCAAAAUGGGUCGGCUCCUGUCCGAUGCUGUCUGGGCAAGUCGUCACGGGAGCUCGGAGCCCCGAGUUUCAGUGUUCACCCCGAUUUGA